AUGAAGUUCAUGAAAGUUGGCCGUGUGGCCAUCAUCACCCGUGGCCGCUAUGCCGGUAAGAAGGUCGUCAUUGUCCAGCCUAACGACUCUGGCUCCAAGGCGCACCCCUUCCCCUACGCCAUCGUCGCCGGUAUCGAGCGCUACCCCCUGAAGGUCACCCGCCGCAUGGGAAAGAAGCUUGUCGACCGCCGCAGCCGCAUUAAGCCCUUCAUCAAGGUCGUCAACUACAACCACCUGAUGCCCACCCGUUACACUCUCGAGCUUGAGGGCCUGAAGGGUGUUGUCUCCCAGGAGACCUUCAAGGAGGUUUCCCAGCGCGAGGAUGCCAAGAAGACCGUUAAGAAGGCCCUGGAGGACCGCUACACCUCCGGCAAGAACCGCUGGUUCUUCACUCCUCUGCGUUUCUAA